CAGGAGCGGGCAAAGGAAGCCCAACAUGCGCGAAGACUGGAGUCGCAAAUUGCGCGGAUAUGGCAACCUGGAGAUGUCUACGCGCCGAGGGAUAUGGGGAAAUCGGAGCAAAUGAAGUGGUCGACCACGAUAAAGCGGAUGAGGAACGGGACAGCGGGACGCGAGCGGAGGGACGUCUUUGAUACGCUGGGAAUAAAUCCGUUGAAUGAGUAUAAAAACUUCUCCCUCCUAGCCGAGUUCACAUCAUCAAUGGGAAGGAUAUAUAACUCGAGCCAAACCGGUCUGCGGAAAAGGAACCAAAGGAAAAUCGCCAAGGCGAUACGGAGGGCAAUCGGGAUUGGAUUGAUUCCAAGUGUGCAUCACCACCCAGAAUUGGUAUUACGGGACCCCAAUUGGAGGCCAUAG